AUGCACUUGACCAGGAUCGCCGUGGGAGCGGGCCUGGCCCUGGCUUCGGCCGCCAGUGCCCAGAGCGAGCCGAAACCCAGCAACCCGUCAACGGCCAGCGUGACGAGUGACAAGAUGGGACCUGCUGCCUUUCUGUGGCCCCCGGAUAGACCGUGGUCGGGCGAAAUGGACAACCAGCCGCCUUGCGGCUCUGCCGCUGGCCCGGGAGAGAGGACACCCUUCCCGCUCAAGGGGGGCUACGCUGCUCUUGUUCUCCAAGAUGAUUCUUACAACAGCAAAAUCAGCAUCUCAUACUCCAAUAAUCCCCAGAAGAACACCGACUUUGAGGUUCUCGUCGAGACAGCCGACAUCAGCGACCUGGACCCCGGCCACACCUGCGCUCGGCUGCCCGAUGCCCCUUCCCACGUCGCCGCGGGCACCAACGCGACUCUCCAGAUCAUUUACCGGGCAGACUGGGACGCUCCCCACAAUCAGACAUUCUACGCCUGUGCCGACAUCACCUACGUCGAAAGCAUCGACUUCAACGGCGUCUUGGGUUGCUUCAACGCCACUGAGCCCGGCGAGGACAACGACAACUACGCCGGUAACAUCAACAAGGGCGCCGGUCAACCCGGCAAGUCGGCCGGCACGGGAGGCGGCGGCCCCGGCCUCAAGGGCGGCGCCCUGGCUGGAGCCGUCAUCGGCGCCAUCCUCGGCGCCACCUGCGUCGCCGCCGCCGGGCUCUUCCUGUACCGUCGUAACGAGCAGAAGAAGCGCCAGCUGCGGCUUGCUCGGAUGGAAGAGAAUGCCAAGAACUCCGACUACCGGGACGAUCGGUCUGUAGAGAUAAUCUGA